UUCUGAAUGGGAGAAAGUCAAUCAGAGCUGACAAGCAAAUUGACGUCAUUGAUCAGCAAUGUGAACCAGCCUGGGCAUGCCAGCAAAACCACGAGCCUGGCAAACGCUCGAUGAACCAAAAUGUGGCAAACCCGUAAAAAUUACCGUGUGGAAGAACCAGGACUUUGACUGUCCCGGCCAGGAGAUCACUUUGCAUCCGAAAUUCCUAAAGUCCUGGACGGGCACCUUAGGGCUACUCACCUGUGUGCUACAGCCUCGCUUUGGGGCUGUGCGCAAGCUGUACCAUCUGGACACUAAGAAACUGGUGUUGUGCCUAAAGGAAAUCCGGCCCAACGGGAAGUAUGUCGCUGUAGGGGCUGAGAAAGUCAAAUUUCGGAAGAACGGAUACGUGGAUGAAUCGAAAAUGAAGCGGCGACCCUCCAAGCACGACUACAGUAUCAGCAUCUCGGACCUAAACCUCAUCGCAUGCACCAAGAGGAAUAAAAGAACUCUCCUCUACAUCAUGGUAUCAGGAAGAGCCUGCCAACUGCCCAGUAAAGUAGUCCUAAUUGAGCGGGACCUUAUGGACUACGACAUGGUGCUGGACUAUCUGGGACAUCGCCUGGAUGUGGGCGAAGGUAUACAGUACCUGUGCUCUAUCGACGGCAAGCCAAUCCACGAUCCGUCGGAUCUACUGCACGGCCAGCUUUAUGUGGCCGUUCCACACGCCAGCAGCUUCAUCCAGCUGGACUAUUUGGACCUUUUCUCGAAUCUGCUGCCUUCUAUAAGGUUGAAAGCUGCGAAGCCCAAACGGUCCAAAAGCCAGCAGGCAAGAAGUGAGGAGGACAUCGACAAGACGGGAGUAGACGGAAACAGCCAGCAAGAGGGCGAACUCAGCAAAAUUGCAAGCCAAACCAGUAAGCAGGCAAGUAGGAGUCAAGAACACAGCAAGGGAGAAUGCGAACUCCAAGAAAUCGAUGGGAAAAUGAGCAAAUCUGGUGCGAAAGCAUCAAAGUCCAUUUCGAAGGAAGAUGGGAGCAAACACGUAGAAGUACAAGUGGGCGAAUAUCCGGAGGAUCAUCCAUCUGGGUAUGCGUUUCUGCAAGCCAAGUGCGUUGGCGCAAAAUGCAUCGACCAAGACUGCAGAGUGUUCAGAAAAGAAUACCCCAGCCUUCCAGCUAGUUUCUUCAAUAUGCAUGAAUCUCCUCAUCAUUUGGCGGGCGUCACAGUGGAGAACAUCAUGUCCGAGGUCAUCGCAGUCAGGAAUUUUCUGGAUAGCAUUGUAGACCAUACCAUGGAGCAGGUGAAACGGCGCGGAGUUGCCACUCAAUCUUACUCCGAAGCACACUGCCUGCCUAUCAUUGACGAGGAGGAGGACGUUUACCUCACCUGGCCUACUCCUGGACACACAGCCAACCAUUGCGAUGAAAGCGUGACCACCAUGGAACUGGCACAGCAGGAGAGGGAACUGACAACGUUUGCGGACAUUGCCAGAAAUAAGCAGCUGGAUGAAGAGGUUCAUCCCCUUUUUGCUUUUGAUACGGCCUUUCCUAAUCUGCAAAUCCCAGAAGCCGCGCAGCUGAACAACUCCCACAGAAAGGGCGUGUCCUUUAUGCAGAUUGAUUCACCGGAAUCAGGCCUGGUUCGGGACACUCAGGUCGCAGAAAAAGAGCUUUCCAGCAGCAACGAGUUUGCAGUGGGGCGGCGACGAUCUUUGUCCAAUGUGUUUGUUCAGCAAGCUGCAAAGGGAAAGUCAGCCACGGAAGACAGUCGCCCGGAGUGCCAUCCAGACCAAAGACCUACUUUGGCAUGCAGCGAAAUAAUCCUUCCUCCACGGAGCGACGCAAUGGUUACAGCGGUGCAACCGAAGCCUCCAUUGAAGAUCGACAAGAGAAAGUUCCCGAGAAUGUCAAUCCUGAGAAGCAAGACCAACAGCCCACUGAAAGUGGCACAAGAACUGGAAACGCACCUUCCAGUGGUGGUUCAGUCCAGCUUCGUGAGCAUUCGCAGCAGCAUUGUCGACCCGCAGGCUGACCAAAUGAAGCAGCAGCUCUCACGUUUGCUGGAAAAAGGCGUGGACGUUGUUUCCGAUGACGAGUUUGACGUUAUAUACGAAGAGGACUCAUUGUCGGGGCACUCGAUGUUGAGCAAAGGGAUCCAGAAGGACUGGAAGCUGAAUGAAGACAUGUAUGAGCGUGCUGUGCAAACGGGGAUCGUGGAGGCUUUGGAUGAUGUUGUAGAAGCAGCGUCGCAAGCCUCUGAAGCUUCGGAUAAAUAAACCACUGCCGAUGUC